UUUCUCUUCAAUUUUUUUUAUAAUAACAAAAAAAAAAAAUGACUUUCUUACAAAUCACUUUACAAGACUUUUUAGCUUUUUCCGGUUUAUUCGUUAUAAUCAUUGUUAGCGCUUUAUAUCUAUAUUUGUUCUAUGAAACUUUUUAUCCACCUUCAUUUCCUCCUGCUAUUAUUGUUAGCGAUAAAAAAAUUACCGAAUCCCCUGUUAAAAAUGUAAAAAAUAUCCCAACUAAACAACUAUUAAUAUCUUGUCAUCCAGACCAUAUUCCUGAUAAAGUUAAAAAGAUUGGCUUGAUACCUUAUUUACGUAAAAAACAUCUUAAGCAUGGACGUGUUUUAACAGAUUUACCUUUGAUAAAUACCAUUUCUGUUAUUGAUCCUAUGACUAUUAGAUCAAGUCUUAAUAUUGGUGACAGGCCUAGAAAUAUGUACAAAUUUCUUGAACCUAUUUGGGGUAAAGAUAAUUUGUAUGUUUUUAGUGCUGAUAGAGCUAAAAUAUAUAGGAGUUUUUUCGAUCCUGCCCUGUCUGUUGAUGUUAUCAUAGACAAGUAUCAUGAUAUGAGAAAUUUUGGAGUUGAAAUCGUUGAUAAUUGGGAAAAAAGUAUUGUUUUAAAACAUGAAAAUGUUGUCAGAAUGCAAGAUCAAGGUCUCGAAUUUUCCCUAAAGGCAACGAUACAAGCUUUAUUUGGUGUAAAUUUGCCACAAGAUUUUGAUCUAGUAGCUUACAAAAAAGCUUACGAUGAUGUUAUCAAUGGCUUAUUUGAUAAACAAUUUAAUGUGCUAAGUAAUUUACGGGACGAAAAGAUUCAGAAUUCUAUCAAACAUUUAUUUCAGGUUUUAUGCAUUUUGAUCGAUGAGAAAAAAAGGAUUAUUGCAAGUACUAUUCAAGGUGUGAAUAAUACUAUAUUACCACCAAGAAAAGAUUUACUUGAUCUUUUAGUUUCAGAAAAAGAUCCUGAAACCGGUAAAAAUUUUGAAGAUGAAAAGAUCAAGGAUAUCAUGUCAUUAUUCUUAACUUGUGGAUAUCUUACGACGGGAGUUGCAAUUUCCUGGACCAUCUUCUGCAUAACACAAGACCGGAAUGUUCAAACCAAAAUUCAAAAUGAAAUCGAUUAUAAUUUGAAAGGACAGUUACCAUUAUAUCACGAUUUGUUGAACCUUAAUUUUCUUAAUCAAGUUAUCAAGGAAUCGUUGAGAAUAUGUCCUCCAAUUCCAAUCUUGUCUCGUUAUCUUGAAAAAAAUACGGAUUUAGAAACAAUGAAUGAUCCACUUAAUCUUCAGGCGGGCACUGUAGUACUUUAUCCGAUAACAGUAACUCACGAAGAUAUACAUAUUGAGUGCGAUUCACAAAAAUUUGAUGCAUCACAACCCUCUUUUAAUCAACUUAAGGCACCUUUCAAUCAUUGUCCAUUUGGAUUUGGGGAUAGAAUUUGUCCGGCGGAAAAAUUAGCAAUGGUUGAGAUUAAAUUAAUGGUAUGUCUUAUUAUGCAAAGAUUUCAUGUUGAAUUAGCCAUGCCAUUAAAUAGAGUUAGUGGAGAUGAAAAAUUUAUUUUAAUGGCAAGAAAUGAUAUUUAUAUUAAACUGAUUCCAAGGAAAGGUAUUGAAGAGUGAUG